CCGAGCGCUCUCGUGCCGGACGUUGCGCGGCCGCGACGCCCGACGCCGACGGGGCAGCGGCGCUCUGGGCUCCGCGCUGCCGGUGGUAUCUGGCGGGAACCCACGAGGCUCCGGCCCGUUCGGCGCAGGUAGGCGUCGUCCCGCUUGCACCGCCGACUGGGCUCCUCUUGGAUGUGGGAGCGGCGCGCCCUGGUGUUGCGUUUUCUCAACGGUGCCCGAGGCGUUGGCCCUCGCUGCCGCGGGCGGACGACGGGACUGACUCUAUAACUGUGUGAGGAGUUGCUGGAUUCUUUUGUCACUUGGACAGUGCCCUAUAAAGAACUCUCAACUGACCAACAAAGAGUUGCUUGGUUUGUGGAUGGCAUUUAGAAGGUGAAUGGACAACAUCCUAUUUGGAAGGCCACCACUCUGAUUGAAGAAGAUUCUUAGACUCUGCAAGUAAAGACAACCUCAUGUUCACAGUAUAUCAUGGCUUCAUCAUCAAGCAGCCUCACUACCGGGAGAAGAACCAGCUCAAAGCUGAAGUCCAUGAAGUUGCUUGAGGUUCUGAAUGCUCUGGAGGAGGAGGAAUCUGGCCAGAGUAGGGAGGAGAUCUUCAUUGCACCGCCCAACAAUGCUUCAGGGGACUUCACUGAUGAGGACUCGGGUGAUGAAGAUGGCCGGCGAGGAACCCACCUGCCCGGCAAUGUGCUGCAUGCCUUUGUUGUGCCUGAGGACUCUGGCUCUGGGGAGGAUGAGGAUGAGCUGCAGCUGCAGCCAGCCAUGAAGAAGCAAAAGGCAGUAGUGGAACCUCCACAUGUCUGGACCAAAAGAGAUAUCCGCCCGGACUUCACCAGUUGGACAGCAUCAGAUCCUCAUAUGGAGGAUCUCAAAAGCCAGGAACUGAGUCCUGUAGGCCUCUUUGAAUUGUUUUUUGAUGAAGGAACAAUUAAUUUUAUUGUUAAUGAAACCAAUCGUUAUGCUUGGCAGAAGAAUGUCAACCUGGGUCUCACAGCCCAGGAAUUGAAGUGUGUUUUGGGCAUUUUGAUUUUAAGUGGGUAUAUCUCCUAUCCAAGGAGAAGGAUGUUUUGGGAAACAUCCCCUGAUUCACAUCAUCAUCUUGUGGCUGAUGCAAUUAGAAGGGACAGAUUUGAACUGAUCUUCUCAUACCUGCAUUUUGCAGAUAACAAUGAGCUUGAUGAAAGUGAUAGGUUUGCCAAGGUGAGGCCUCUCAUUGUCCGCAUGAACUACAAUUUCCAGAAGCAUGCACCCUUGGAAGAGUUCUACAGCUUUGGCGAGUCUAUGUGUGAAUACUUUGGACACCGGGGGUCCAAGCAUCUGCCUGCGGGGAAACCUGUGCGGCUGGGCUACAAGAUCUGGUGUGGGACGACUAGCAGGGGCUAUUUGGUGUGGUUCGAGCCCUCACAGGGCACACUGUUCACUAAGCCAGACAGGGGCCUGGACCUAGGAGGCAGUAUGGUGGUGAAAUUUGUGGAUGCACUUCAGACACGUGGGUGUCUGCCAUACCACAUAUUUUUUGACAAGGUUUUUACAAGUGUCAAAUUGAUGUCCAUUUUAAGGAAGAAAGGAGUGAAGGCCACAGGAACUGUCCGUGAAUACAGAACUGAACGAUGUCCCCUUAAAGAUCCCAAAGAACUGAAGAGAAUGAAGAGGGGUUCGUUUGAUUACAAAGUUGAUGAGAGUGAGGAGAUCAUCGUGUGCCGCUGGCAUGAUAGCAGUGUGGUCAACAUCUGCUCCAACGCUGUGGGCGUAGAGCCAGCAGGGCUGACCAACCAUCACUCGGGAGCAGCCAAGACACAGGCCCAAGUUCAUCAGCCAUCACUGCUGAGGCUGUACCAGGAGAAGGUCGGGGGUGUCGGCCGCAUGGACCAGAACAUCGCCAAGUACAAGGUGAAGAUCCGGGGUAUGAAGUGGUACUCGAGUUUCAUUGGCUAUGUUAUUGACGCUGCUCUUAACAAUGCAUGGCAACUGCACAGGAUAUGCUGCCAUGAUGCCCAGGUGGACCUUCUGGCCUUCCGGAGAUAUGUGGCCUGCGUGUACCUAGAGAGCAACGCAGAUACGUCAUCCCAAGGGAGACGAAGCAGGCGGCUGGAAACCGAGAGCCGCUUUGACAUGAUUGGGCACUGGAUCAUCCACCAGGACAAGAGGACCCGGUGUGCCCUGUGCCACUCACAGACCAACACCCGCUGCGAGAAGUGCCAGAAGGGCGUCCAUGCCAAGUGCUUCAGGGCGUACCACAUCCGGUAAUGCAUCCUGGGCAGAGGGAGCCCCCUGGAUGUUUGGUUUGUUAUGAGAUGUUUACAGCUAAUUACAUAUAGCAUUUGGGGCAUUUGUGUGUUGUGUUGACAAAAAGAGACCUGAAUCCCUGAUUUGGUUUUGUAUUUUUCCUCGUCUUCAUUACAGUUAUCUUUUUAUCAUCUUCUAU